AUGACCGCGUUACUCCGGUGGAUUUUGGUCGUGGCCGCGGUCGCCGCGGCCGCGGACGCGCGAACGCGGCCGCAGAUACGGCGGCGCGGACGGCAGGCGCCCGACGAAGGCGACUUUGCCGACAGGUCGUCGGACGGUUCGUACGCGUUCCGGUACGGCGACAGGAACCAGUUCCACUCGGCCGCCGCCAACAAGGACAACGUCGUCUCCGGAAGGUAUUUAUACGUAAUAUUAUGGCACGCGUAAACGGCACAGACGUCUGGGUAACGUGACGGUUUUACGGGUGUUUGCCUUACACGCAUCGCUCGGGUAAGCAGAGCGUACGGCGCUGUUGCCCCUGUGCGUAUAUUCAUAAUGCGCGUAAUAGCUAUAGGGUCCAUUUGUGCACAAUAUAUUACACGAUUAUAGCGGCGUGAACCUUAUACUUUUGGCUAAAUACUUUUUCGCUCGAACCGUGGGAGAAGGGUUGUGGAUUUACGGUAUAAAAAUCGAUAUGAACGCGUUAUCACUUUAAAUGGGAGGGGGGUUGCUAUUUGAACAUUUGAAUUCCGGUAUACUGCAGAGUACGGGCGAGAAAUUGAAAAUAUUGUUAACAAAGAAAAAAAAAAAAAGCAGCUUAAACGGUCCCAGAAUUAUUUAAAAAUCGACUGUACGUGAUAAGUUGAUCGCUCUGCGUGUGUUAGAUUGGGUAAUACAUUUGCGGAUUUGCCUCGGAGCGCGUCUACGCAAGCUCGCGCCACGUUAAAAAGCAAAACACAACGAAAACUGCAGUCCUCGGAAUCGUCAUUUCAAUAGCGAGAACCGAAAAUUUAGCGGAAACGCGGCAUGGGGAUUUAUAACCUUAAUGUAACAAUACCAUUGUGCGUGCACACCGCAAUACUAUCAAUAAUUAUACAUCCGUGUGCGUGCGUGCGUGCGUGCGUCGUAUUAGUAUAAUAUAAUAGGGGGCUAUGGUGUGGUGCACUACCAAAAAACACGUAUUCCACCGGAUAAGGUCGAACAAGAGUUCUUCUUUGGCCGCGCUCGUCUUCGAAUAAUAUGCACCUACGCAUUGUAAUUAUAUCAUAGACACGAGCGUCCUUACGAAUCGCAUGUCACAUACGCGCGUUUCUGCAGAAUUAAAACAAUUUUAAAAACGCCGCAUUGACAUUGUCUAUACACAUUUAUGUGUAUAAUUUUGUUUUUCUUUUACUUACCGUCCUAAUCCGAUUUUCAGAUUUGGCUCCAGAAAUCCCGAAACGGACCGCAUCGUCCAAACGUCGUACUCGGCCGGUCCUCGCGGGUUCCGCGCCCGCGGACCGGACAUCGCCAGACAAACGGACCUGUCACAGGUCCGUUUGCCUUAUUCUCCGCCCGUGCCCACCGAUUCGUCCAAAUACGACCCGGCCUACGACCGGUACCACGACCCAAACGAAGACCCGAGCUACAAGUUUACCGUCCGGACGCCCACGCAAUCCAAAACCGAAACAGCCGACUCCAGAGGCCACAUCGAAGGCGGCUAUUCGUUCUUGGACGACGUCGGUGAGAUUCACUCGUAUAUAAUAUUGUCCGUUUUACAUUAUUACUGUCCGUACUUUUCGCAAGAACGCACGAUACAAUUAAAUAAUAAUAUACAAGGAUGGCAUUCGGUUUAUUACAAGGCCUGUGGACAUGAAAACACAAGUCUUAAGUUUACAGUAAUAUUCGCUGCGUUUUUCCGACAGAUUACAUAGGUAGCAAAAAUGUGCUUUCAGAGUUUCAACGUUACUCUGAUUCUGUAUAGGUUUAAAACAAAAAUGAUUUCACCGAAUUAAACACGAUAAAACGAUUUUCAUCAUAGACGGAUUUUUUUUUUUUUUUGUUGUUGUUGAUAUUUUUAUUAUAAAAUGUUUUAUAAAGAUAAGAAAUAUUAAAAUUCAAUUUCGAUUAAAAUUUUCAAGUACGGUUAAUAUUGUCUCGACCCUCGGGAAUCAAAUAAUCCCUGUGUGAAAAACAUAAUUAACAUUGUGAUUUUUAAUUUGCUUUUGGUUUGCACGAACCGGACAAAAUUUGACAAAUUCUAUAACAUACUGUAGUUUGCUACUUCCCCCCAAAAUCUGAACGGCACGUCGUUGUUUUUUAUUUGAGUUUUGAAGAAAACUAAUAUUACGUGUAAUUCCGUUCACUUUUGAUUUGAUUAUAAUUUUAUGCGGAUUAAAAUAAUAUAAUACUGUGCCACUGUGGUAAUAAGCGAUUUGAAUUAAAUUUUAGUGUAACACCAGUGGUGGGUGAAAUACUGAACUGCAAGCAUUCAACGAGUGUUUUUCUAUAUUAAAUUAAUAAAAACACGUGAGACAAACGCCGAAUGCUGCAAUUGCAUAUUCGGUCGAAAACAAAUAAUAGUGCCAUUUAAUUUUUUUUUUUUUUUAGGCAAGAGACACGACGUGCAGUACGAGGCCGGUUCCGGUACGGGCUUUCACGUGAAGAACGGGCAUCCAGACUCGGACCCGUUCGGCGGCGUUUUCUACAGCGGCCCACCCGGCAAACCCGGUGGACGGCCGCGCGGCCACACGUCCGUCGUGAUGGGCAAAGACGGUUCGUACGGUUUUACGGCGUCAGGGCCGGACCAACGGCGUACGGAAGUGAGCGACGCCAACGGGCGCGUACAAGGCUCUUACACGUACAUAGACGACAAAGGCGUGCAGAGGACCGUACAGUACGUAGCCGGCCCAAACAUCGGUUACCGGGUGAUAAACAACGCGGCCGCAGGCGGUGCGGCAUCUGGGGUUGCGAUACCGCCCCUGUUGCCGUCAAUUGUGCCGCCGUCUAUCCUGCCGCCAGCCGUAUUGAUCACGUCAUCCACGUUGCCACCGCUGUUGCCGUCCGCGUUUGAACAAGACCUGCAAUUCGGGCCCGCGUCAUCCAGCACGGCCACUCCGCUGCCGGAUCGCCGGCGCCCCGCUGCCGCAGAGUCGCCAAUCAAAGGUUUCGGUGCAGGAGGAAAUAACGGCGGUAGCGGUAGCAGCGGUGUCGGUAACGGCGGUGGCGGUAACGGCGGUGGCGGUAACAGCGGUGGCGGUAACGGCGGUGGCGGUAACGGCGGUGGCGGUAGCGGAACCGGUAACAACGCGGCCACGGGAGUGUCGGACGAUUUCCUAUCACCGGACAGCAAGGUGCCGCUGGGCUCGGCUUUUCCCGAGGAUGAUCCCGCGCUGCCGCCCAAAAAGUGGUCACCUGUUUACAAGAACAAAGAAGAAGAGUUGUUCUUCCGACCGUUCGACAAAUUUGACAAACGUAAGGAACAAAAUAAUAUGCCGCAGAAAAAACCGCUUGCCGUACCGGACACGCCUUACGCACAAACGGCUGUCCUGGGAAACGCGGGCCCGUCUUCGUACGGCUACCAUCAGUCCUCCACUAUCAGACCGUCCGCGCCGCCGGACACUCUGUACGGGCAACCGUCACGACCCAUAGUGGUGGACGAGAAGUACGGCCAAUACGGUGGCACCGACUACCAGAAGCCAAAAGAUCAUCACUCGGAGUUUGCGGGCGGGCACGACGUCAGUAACAAUUUUAACAGAUUCCCGCCCGGCACCAUCGUCAAGGCGCACGUGCAGAAUUUGGAUAUUCUCCCGUUCGGGCACAGAGUACCGUCCCCCUCGUACGUCCUCGAAAAACAAUACGGUAAUAUUGACGGCUAUCAAAAUUCUAUAAAAAAAUAAAUAUUUUCGCCAGUAAUAUGAAACCUGCAGAUCGUCCUAGGUACACGAGUUACACUGUACGGUAUAUCGCAAAUAUAUAUAAUGUAUUUACUUAAUUAUUAGAGUUCGGAUUUUGAAGUUCUAAAAAAACAUUAAUAAAAAAACAAAUAUUAAGCGAAAAUCUUUAAAUAAAAAUAAAAAAAAAAAAAAUACACGUAUAAUUGUUUUAAUUAUCUAUUAUAAAACGAGUACAACACGUGAUUUCUUAUCCAGAUAGUAUAUCAAUAAAUUAAACAUUAAAGACAUCGGUUAUAACCGAUUGUCUGAUACUGUCCAUUCCCAAUGACAUUCUUCAUAUACAAAUAAAUAUUAACUUUUCAAAAAUUUCAAACACGUAUCUAUUUAUAGUAAAAUAUAAAACGUUAUUAUUGAACAAAAUUUUUUAAAAAAAACUCGGAAAAAACCAUAUGUGAAAAAAAACAAACAGUUUUCUAGUAAAAAGGCACACAAAUUUUAUAAAAAUGUGUCGUGUAUGAUUACUAAAUCAUAUGUCGGUGCUCGGAUUUGGGGGGAGGGAACCAGCUUCCGUAGCUUCUCAAUUUUUUUUUUUGACAACCCCUCUUACUAAUUAUUUUUAUUGGGGCUCUGUGUAGAUAGUAAUUCGUUUUUUUCGAAAAAUUUUAUCUUCAUAAUAAAGUAUCAUUAACUCAGAUAAUUUGUUUGUAAAAUUUAAUAUUUAUCGAUCAGUCAUGCCUAAAUUAUUAUUAAUAUUAUAUUUUCUAUAUUACAAUUUUACAUCGUCUAAUAAUAAUUCAUAAAUAAGUAAUUCAAUGGAGUUCUAAGCGUCAUUAUCGUUAUUAUUAUUAUUAUUUUUGUUUAUAACAAUAAGAAACAAUUUUAAAAAUAUAUAUACAUAAAUAUAUUUGUCAUAAUAUAUAAUAUAAAUCAGUAACCUAACCGCGGGUUAUAUCGAGUUCAAUAAUUAAAUUCAAUAAAAGACGCUGAUUUUGUUUAAAUCGCAUAGGUAUUCUUCUAUUAUUUGUCCAAUUCAUACAUUAUAUGUUUUAAAGUGUAUCAAAUUUAUAUUCUCUACCUAGUUAACUACAUAUUGAACCAAUCGAAAAAAAAAAAAAACAAAUGCUUACAACAUUUAAAUUCAUAUUCGUGCAUAAUAUUAAUAUAAAUGAUAAUUAUAUAUAAGUAAGUUCCUUGAUAAGACCUUUUAGCUGUUGUACGCGUAAAUUUAUUGACAUUGAUGUUAAUGUACGAUGUGUAAAACAUAAAAUACACGCAAUUAUUAUCUAUAAUGUAUUAUAUACGAUAGUAUUCAUCGUAAAACGAUUUGUUUAAUCAAAUUUAGAUUAAGGACCGCAUAAUACAAUACGGACGACAUAACAUUUUAUUGUAUUAUAUUUAAAAGAAGGCCACUGUCAGUGUUAUAAUUACCAGUAAAAUCAUGACACUUUUUUAUUAUUAUAU